AUGUCUCGCGUAUUAACAUUGAAAGAUUAUUCAUCAUUAAUUAAUCUUCUACCAAUAGCAUUCCAAGCUGCAAAUAAAAAAAUUAAUUAUGAUGGUAUUAUUCGUGAACUUACUGAAUAUUUUAAUGGACCUAAUAGUCAAUAUUCUCGUCAUUCCAUUAAAGAUCAGAGAGCUUUUAUUCGUCGUAUACUUACAAUUCGUGAUCCUUCAUCAGAUGAUGGUCGCUAUUCAACUCAUAUCUAUAAUUUAAUUGAUCAAAUACUUUCGUAUGAACGAGAUUAUAAGAAACCACAUACACAAGCUAUGAAUUUAUCUAUAAAAUUUAAAUCAUUACCAUAUAUUCGCGUAUGGCGUGGUGAUAUUACAACUUUAUUUGUUGAUGCUAUUGUUAAUGCAGCAAAUAGUGGUCUUCUUGGUUGUUUUCAACCAACACAUUUAUGUAUUGAUAAUGUCAUUCAUGCAGCUGCUGGUCCACGUUUAAGAGAUGAUUGUUAUACAAUCAUGCAAGAGCAAAGACAAUCAGAACCUGUUGGUCAGGCAAAAAUUACUCUUGGUUAUAAUCUUCCUUCGAAAUAUGUUAUACAUACAGUUGGUCCUCAGUUAAAUCAUGGAGCUCGUGUUACAGAAAAAGACGCUCAACAUUUAGCAUCUUGUUAUGAAUCUUGUUUAAAUUUAGCAGCAGAAAUAGAUACUAUAACAUCUAUCGCAUUUUCUUGUAUUUCAACUGGAAUAUUUGCUUUUCCAGCUGAUCAUGCAUGUCAAAUAGCAAUAGAAACUGUAAUAAAUUGGUUUCAACAUCGAUCUCCAAAUUCAAAACUGUCUUUAGUGGUAUUUGAUGUAUUUAGUCCAGAAGAUGAACAACGCUAUAUUGAUAGAUUGAAAAAUAUUUGUAAAUCAAAAUAA